AUGCGGGAAACCCCAGGGGACAUACGAGGAGGCGCUAUCUUUAGAGACAAAAACGGUAGAUGGAUUGAAGGUUGCUCUUUCUCAUUCCAAGCAAGCAACCCUUUGGAAACUGAACUGAGAGCGUUGGAGUUGGCCCUGCGAUGGACGGAAUCUAAAGGAAUCCCUAACAUAGAGGUGCAGACUGAUUGCAAAGAGAUGGAAAAGGCUCUCAAUGGUACCAACGAGAGCAAUCAUCAGCUGGGAGCCCUGAAGGUUCGUUGCAGAGAGUUAAUUCGCAGAAGUGGGUGCACGACGGUUAUACAUGUCUUCCGUGAACAAAACUUUGUUGCUGAUUUUUUGGCUUUGAUUGCUGCUAAUAGGAGGGAGCCUUGUAUUAUUUUUGUUUCCUCACCCCCUGGCUGCAAUACUCUUGUGUGUAAUGAUCAAAUGGGAGUGGUGAGUGAACGUCUCAUGCUGGAGACAGAGUAG